AUGACACAUUACAGCCGCGUCCUCCUAUAUGGGAAGAAUGGGCUGCUGCGCGCAAUCACAAGCAGCACCUGUCCCUCCUGGGAUCGGCUGUUUAUGGGCGUGCACGACGCGCAGAUGUGUAUGCCCAGUGUGAAUAAGGCCUUAUGUGCCCAUCAUUGGAGGCUGCUUCCAUUAAUCAUUGUGCUGGGCCUUGGUAGUGGCUUGCCACUUGGCUAUCAUGUGUCUGUGAUCAACUCUUCAUCACUGUUUGUCAGAAACGUUAUCAACCAGACCUGGAUAAGAAGGUAUGGAUCCCCUGUCCCUGAGGGAACACUUACUCUGCUGUGGUCCACGACAGCUUCAGUGCUCAGUCUUGGUGGCCUCCUGGGAUCAGUAGCAUCUGGGUUCCUGACACGAAGGUUUGGGAAAAAAGCACCUCAUGUGCUUAGUAGCUUGAUGGGAAUAACAGCAUCACUGUGUUUUGGAUUCAGCAAGAUGGUGGGAUCCUUUGAAAUGAUUGUGGCUGGAAGGUUGCUUUAUGGCAUAGCAAUAGGUCUGGGAAUGAAUAUUUACGUUCAGUACCUUGGAGAAACUGCUCCAAGGAACCUUCGGGGAUUCACUAAUACCACAGGUCCCUUCUUUGUAACCAUGGGAAAGCUGUUUGGACAAAUUGUUGGGCUCAAUGAGGUCCUGGGAACAGAGGAACUGUGGCCCCUGAUGAUAUCAUUGUGCGGUUUUACUGAUCUUCUGCAGUUGAUAGUAAUGCGUUUUUAUCCAGAGACCCCUGCAUACCUUCUUUUAGUGAAGAGCGAUCGGGAGCGCUGUAUGAGAGCUAUGAAUAAGAUAUGGGGACAUGGAGACCACCAAUUAGAACUAGAUGAUAUUCUGGCAGAGAAGGAGAUGCGAAAGAACACCAAAAACAUGACUGUGCUGGAGGUUAUGAAGGAGCCAUCUAUGCGCUGGCAGCUCUAUGUUGUGGUGAUCAUCACAAUUACCCUUCAGCUGUCUGGCAUCAAUGCAAUUUUCUUUUACGCAAGAAGUGUAUUUCUCAGUGCUGGGCUGCCUAAAGAAAAGAUCCCCUAUAUUUCCUUGGGAAUGGGAAGCUUUGAACUGCUGGCUGUCAUGAUAUGUAGUGUGCUGAUAGAGCGCUGUAAAAGAAAAGCUCUUCUGCUGGGAAGUUAUGCCCUGAUGGCAACCAUGCUAGCUCUUCUCACGGUUAGCCUGUCCUUUCAGGAUUGGACAGACUGGAUGCCAUAUUGCAGUGUAUUGUUCAUUUUCUUGUUUAUCUUUUUCUUUGGUCUUGGUCCAGGGGCGCUGACACUGGCAUUGGUUAUCGAAAUGUGUAGUCACUCCACUCGAGCUGCAGUGUUUGUGAUCAUUGGCUGUUUGAACUGGACUAAUUUCUAUUUAAUUGGGAUGGCCUUUCCUUUCAUACAGGGUGCUCUGGGCCAUUACUGUUUUCUCAUCUUCCUUUUUUUUAUUGCGGCCUCUGGAACCUUCCUCUUCUUCUUCCUUCCUGAGACAAAGGGAAAAACUACUCAGCAAAUCACUUUGGAAUUCAACAAAUUGAACUUUGGAGGACAAAAAGCACCAAAAUCAAUAGAGCUUUCCACCAGUUUGUGAGCC